CGUGCACUUCAGAAGUGAGUCACGCAGUCAAGUCAACGUCCCGAAUCCCACCCCAGUGAAAAAGUGCCGGAGUGUUCAGGGGUGCAGAUGGGGGCAGGAUGGCCGAGAGAAAGUGGGGCAGUUAGUGGAGGCAUGGAUCUGCUGAGGGGCGGCAGAAGGAGCUCCGUGCUCUGCGCAUCAGUGAGAUGGAGGUGGACUGUGUGGAUCAUGAUGUCAUGUGUGGUUUUGGUCAGAAGGUUCAGUCUGUCUGACAGACAUGACGAAGAUGGAUGGCCGGAUGAGCCAAUCAGCUCGAAGGGGAGGCUGAAGUUGUGCUGUCUCUGUUCCGCACUGGAGGGAUUCCCGCGUGCGUAAGUGUGGCUGGAUGUAUCACGCAGCAGAGCAGUAUUCUGGACGGUACUCAUGGGACUCCUUCCCCUCCGGUGGCUCCAGCAGAGCAGCAUGGGCUCCGAUCUCCGGACGCAACUGGGCUGCUCCGUCCAGGGCCAGCGGAGGAGUGUACCCACUCCAGCACCCCGGUCUGAGUCACACAUCAGGAAGAAACCAUCAUAAAGCUUAUAACAACAGACCUCCAGAGUCAAGCAGGGACAGAGCUCACGGUCAGCCCAGAGAGAGAGGCCCCGGGAGGAUCCGGCCAGCCCCACGGCCUUGGGGUCCAAACCACCAGGACCACCAGAACACAGACCGGGCCGCUACUAACAGCUACAGCUCAGGGUGCGGAGGAACCGUCUCCAACAGCAACAAUCACGCCAGCCAGCCUCAGAGGUACGGAGGCCCUCACCAGCAGCAGCGCCCCCCACAGGCACAGGGAGAGAGAUGGAGUCCAGUGUCCCCAUCCCGGCCUUUCCAGAGUCCCUCUCUCAAACGGCCAGCCCCCCCGCACAGUGACUCAGCCCCCCACCGAAACCCUUCCCCGUCCAGGGACGACUGCCCCAGCAAGAGGAGUAAAAGCAACAGCUCACACCAGGAUUUCACCCCUAGAAUGAAGCACCCUAUGAACCGUCCUCUACUCUCCCACCCCCCUCGCACCUGGAGCCCCCCAUAUAGAAAUUCUGCCCCCUGGAGUCAGUCAAAUAAGAGGCAUUCUCCUUCACGCUUCCAGCAGGAGUCUAAUCAGUCCAGCAGUAGAGAUCACUCCCACAGGACCCAUCCCACCUCCCCUGCUCUCUGUGGCCCCGGCCAGGCCUUUCAGAAACCAGGCCACAGCCACCCCCGAGAUCACCCGGGCCUCCGUGGAACCAAAGGGGACUGGGGGCAUACUGUUCCCCCCUCACCAGCAAACUUCACCAGAGUGCCUUACAGCCCGCAGCACCAGCCCCCAGCGCCGACACACAGACAUCCAGAUGCAUCUGGCAAUGGGAUGACAGUGUUGCAUCCCAGCCGUGGGUCACCCACGAUGGCCUGGAAGAGCCAGGAUCGCCCUGCAAAGCAGAGCAGUGAGACUAGGCGCUCUGGUACAGGGCUGGAGGGAUGGCAGCGGUCACAGGGGCCAAAAGAGGAAGGGAGGCGCCACGGCACCGCCAAACACCCCCAGCCAUAUGGUGCUCCCUGUGAGAAAGACCACUGUAAGCAACGAAGUCCCGCUACAGAGGCCUCCACUGCCUCUCCAAGCCCUGAACCUGGAUCUAGUUCUCACAGGUCAGAGGGGAAGAAGAGCAAACUUUCCAAACACCGGAGUCCAUCUAACUACAUCCACUCCAGCUCCUCUAACCACGACAGUCAGGAGAGCUCAAUAAGCCGGCUGGAAGCAAACCUGCAGAAACAUGGCCAAGCCAAGAAGAGGCACAGGGAGCGUGAGAGAAGGAAAGAAAAGAAAGGUGAGGAUGGGAGGGAGAGGAUGGAGAGAAAACUGGAGGCCAAGAAAAAGAAGAAAGAAAGGGAAGAGGGAAGAGGGCAUCGGGAGAGGAAGGGCAUGCAUAGAAAAGUGGAGAUGGGGCUGGGACAGAAUGAGAAGAAAGCUAAAGAUGCGAAGAAAAGACAGAGGAGAGCAGAGAGAGAUGGCAUCAAGAAAGGAGAGAAAGAGAAAAGAGAAAUGUCUCCCCAAACUCCAUUGGGCUCUCCUAGUAAAAGCUCUCAUUCAGCCAUUUUUCAGUCUACUCCAUCUCCAGACAUCUUGCGCACAUCAUCAUCUCCAGCCCGUAAAUAUGUAGAGAGUGGAGGAGAGGAGGAGAGCAGCUGCCAUUCUGACUCUUCACACACCUCAGGGUCCGUCCCACCCUCCUCCACCCCUCCAGCCAAUCAGAGCCAUUCAAAAGAUACUGCCAAUAAUAUGACCUCAGAUAGUGAUGACAGCCUGCCCUCCUCUGAGCCUAUGAGUCCCAACACCAGCAGCUUCAAGAGGCCUCAAGAGGAGCAGUCUGACCUCAAAGUUUUUACCUCCAAUCUGCCUACUAGCAGUGAGCAGGAAAUUCCCAUUUCGGAUGCAUCCACUGGUUUUGAGGAGAGCGUUCCCCAGCAGCCUGAGGCAAGGCCCCAGCAUGCUCCAGACCUGCUGCCUGCCCAUGGGACCUGUACAGAUGACCACCUGCGGCUGGACCCCUCAGCCAGCCCCCCUGUCCUGAGCUGGCAAGGCUCCCCUGUCUCAGAUCUCAGCGAGGAAGAGGAGGAUAUAAUGAUGAGACGGCCUGUGCUCCAGCCUAGCCCAACACACAUCUCUCCACUUCGAGACCCAGAAGAGCUCUGGAAAGAACCUGGAAUGUCUUGGCCAGACUACCGGCACAGUGACCUGGCCAAACUCUAUGGACUUGAAGAGCCUUCUAAGUUUGUGGAGGAAGAGGAGGAUGAAGAACAUGAGGUAGAACAGCAGGACAGCAGCACAACAAGCUCUCAGGUCACCCAGAGACCCCACCUGCACCAGACUGAUAACAUCUCUGGCUCAGGCAGCCAUAGGUACACCUACAGAGGUGGACCUUUUGGCCGACCACCUCCAAACGCCCUGGGUGGGGUCAAAUACUCUUCCUCUCUUUCACUGGGCCCAGAGAUCCGGCCUCCAGACCAACAAAGCCCAACCUCACUAUCCCCAGUAACUGUAUAUCCAGUGGCUGGGUCACCAACUGACCUGUCCCCUACUGAUCUGACCCCAGCUGGCCCGAACCCAAGUGGUCUGACCCCAACUGGACUAUCCCAAACGGUCCUGCCCAUUGCUGACCUGUCUUCAUCUGGUCUGUCCCAAACUGACCUGUCUCCAACUGGUCUGACUCAAACUGGCCUGGCCACAGCUGGCUUGUCUCAACCUGGCCUGAGCCCACCUAGCUUGACUCCAUAUGGCCCAUUCCACACUGGCCUGUCUGAAACUAUCCUAACCCCUACUGGAUUAGCCCCUUCCCAGAAACCCCCAGAUCUGACUUCAGAGCCUGAGGAUGAUACAAAUAUGAAGGAACAGAAAAAGGACAGUGGGGCCCACAAAGAAGUUGGUGACAACCUAAUCAAAGCUGUAGAAUCACACAAAGAGCCUACCUGUACCUCACUGGAGGAAGAGAAGGAAGCAAAGAUGAUGUCACCCGCAACCCUGCAGGCCAGACUGGCCCACAGUUGCGAGGUGCUGUUGACCCAGAGCUCUAAUCCUGUCUCUGUCCCCAUCCCAGAAGAAACAAGUGGAAAAAAAGAGUCCAAAACCAUCAAAGCCACUGAGAAGGCAUCCGAACGAGUCAGAGAGAAGAAGGGAGAGCGGGAGAAGAGUCAGAAACAAAAGCUUGGCAGCAAACAUGAAGGUUCAAAUGUAAGAGAGGGCACAGGAAGAACACAUAAAAAGCAGAAAGGAAAGGCUGAGAACGAGACACAGCGCAGCUCUCCAAAAUCUCUGCCGCUUUCCUCUACCUCCGGUGGUCGUUCCAAGCAGCUCAGGAACAACCAGGCAGUAGAGGACAUCAAACAACAGACUAAAGCGGCAGAGGAAAAAAGGGGAAAGGAGCAAGAGAGGGGGGAAGAAGAGAGAGUCAAACCUGCGCAGGAGAAUGAGAACAAAGACAAUAAUGGAAGUGCGUGUUUAACACAAGCCACAACAAAAGCAACAACCAACACAAACACCUCCAUCAAUGCAAGUGGCUCCAGCAAGCCUCCGUUGAGCAAAGCUGAGUUGCUGAGGCUACAGGCCCUGUCUGCCAUACCUCUGAAAGAGCUGAAGAUCCACCUGGUUAAAGUAAAGAGUAAUGGGAGGCAAACAUUCAUUGCCUCUGAGAUUGAGCAGAAGAGGAUUCCGCUAAAGGAUAUCAGUAUUAAGAACACAGCUGCAGAGAUCAUCGAGGCCUGCAAAGGGGCAACAGUAAAGGGCAAAUUUCAUGAGUCCUAUCUGUUGCCUGCACUGUCAAUAAAGCCUGUAUUAAAUGCGGAGUCUCCCAUACCCCGUGAGAAGCUCAAUCCUCCAACACCCAGCAUCUACCUCGAGAGUAAGAGAGAUGCGUUUUCUCCAGUGUUGCUGCAGUUCUGCACAGAUCCCAAAAACCCUGUUACUGUUAUCAGAGGCCUGGCAGGAUCCCUCCGGCUUAACCUGGGCUUGUUCUCCACUAAGUCCUUGGUGGAGGCGAAUGGUGAACAUGCUGUGGAAGUGAGGACCCAGGUGCAGCAGCGAGCUGAUGAAAAUUGGAACCAUGCCGGCUCAGCUCAGACUUGGCCAUGUGAAAGCAGCCGAUCCCACACCACCAUUGCCAAGUAUGCUCAGUAUCAGGCCUCCAGCUUCCAGGAGAGCUUACAGGAAGAGAAGGACAGCGAGGAUGAAGAUGAGGGAGAGAAAAAAUCUGAACCAGUCGAAGCGAAAUCAGAGACUUUGUCCAUUUCCCCUUCUGUCUCCGGCACAUCCAACUCUGAUCAGAAAGCCACUGGGAAAAUCAUCAAAUUUGGAACCAACAUUGACCUCUCAGACCCAAAGAGGUGGAAACCCCAGCUGCAGGAGUUGCUGAAGUUGCCAGUGUUCAUGCGUGUCUCUUCAAGUGAUAACAUGCUGAGCCACGUGGGUCACACCAUUCUGGGCAUGAACACCGUCCAGCUGUAUAUGAAGGUUCCAGGCAGCAGAACUCCAGGCCACCAGGAGAACAACAACUUCUGCUCUGUGAACAUCAACAUCGGCCCUGGAGACUGCGAGUGGUUUGCUGUGCAUGAGCAUUACUGGGAGGCCAUCAGUGAUUUCUGCGAGAAGCAUGGAGUAGACUACCUGACUGGCUCAUGGUGGCCCGUUCUAGAGGAUCUGUACCAGGCCAACAUCCCUGUGUAUCGUUUCAUCCAGCGCCCAGGAGACCUGGUGUGGAUCAAUGCCGGCACUGUGCACUGGGUGCAGGCUGUGGGCUGGUGCAACAACAUUGCCUGGAAUGUGGGCCCUCUCAACUCGUACCAGUAUCAGCUGGCUCUGGAGCGCUUCGAGUGGAACGAGGUCAAAAAGGUCAAGUCUAUUGUUCCCAUGAUUCAUGUCUCCUGGAAUGUCGCCCGUACAAUCAAGAUAACAGACCCGAACACUUACAAAAUGAUCAGGCACUGCCUCCUGCAAUCCAUGAAGCAUAUCCAGAUCCUGCGGGACCAGCUAACAGCAGGAGGGAAAAAGAUCUUCUACCAAAGCCGAGUGAAGGAUGAACCGGCCUACUACUGUAACGAGUGCGACGUGGAGGUGUUCGACCUGCUCUUCGUCACCAGUGAGAGCGGCAGUAGGAAGACGUACGUGGUGCACUGUGAGGAUUGCGCUCGGCAGAACAGCCCCAGCCUGAGCGGAGUGGUGGUGCUGGAGCAGUACAGAGUGGAGGAGCUGAUGAGCACAUACGAUAACUUCAGCCUGGCUCCCUCGCCGUGUCCUAAGUGAAGCCGACGUGUGAUGUCACAGCCAUAACCAAAUCCCUGCUCGUCCGCAGCAGUGCCAACUUUCAGUUCUCUGGUUUUCCUUUUGCUUGGUUUUGAUUUGUUGUUGUAUUUAUUCUUUUCCACAACCACUACUGCAUACUCUCUGCGUUACCAAUCAGCAAAGCUGUUUACUCAGUACUGUUUACAGAAAGCGCAUCAGCAGAAUGUUCUCCGGCUCGGUCGUCUUCCUCCACCAGGUCUACUGACGGGCGCUCAGCAUCACGGAGUCUUCAGAUUGACUCGCGAGGCGCCACUGACUCGAACCCGGUGCACACUGGACUCCUACUGUGAACUGUGUUUGAGAAAAACGUUCCACAGAGGAAACUGCUGUGAUUUUUGUUUUGUCAAUAUUUAAAGGGGGGAAAAAGGGAAAAAAAAAAAGUAGGCGGAGUCAACACGUGAAUUAAUUCAGGUACUAUUGUAGUUUACAUUUAUGCAAAUCUACGGAGUUUUUUUUCCCGUCUGGUUGUGGUGUCUCGGAUUUUGCUGAACAAGUGGUGCUUUGUUACGACACGAAACAGCAGCUCUCCGCUGAAGGAGCAAAUGCUAAUUACGACAGUGGCAUUAUUUCGUUUUUUUUAAUCAUUAUUUCUAUUUUUUUAAUUCUUUUUGUUGUUGUUUUGUUGUCGUCGUCGUCGUUGUUUUCGGUGUGCUGUCAUAUUUACUACGACUCUAAUCUUUGUAAAUGCUCUUCUGCAUAUUUAUCCGGGUGCUAUUUUGUUCUUUUUCUUUUUUUUUUUUUGCCAAAAUUUACAAAGGUAUUCAAAAAAAAAAGAAAAGAAAAAAAAAAACUAAAAUUUUUAACAGCCUACAGCUACACCGUUUUGGCCUUGUGACUUGUAUUUAGACAAGGGGGGGGAAAAAAAAGUAAAAAUAAAUAAAUAAAGGCAGAAAAUUUGCAUAUUUCUCAUAGCAUUAAGCAUAUUAGCUAAACAAUAAAGAGUAAAGUACACGUCACAAAUCUCUCCAAAAAUACGGGUCGAAUCCAGAGACGUAUUCGCAUUUGUCGAGAAAACCGUGAGUGUUUUAGUGGAGUUUUUUUAUUUUGUAUUAUUAUCAUUAUUAUUACUAUUAUUAUUAUUAUUGUUACCUGAAGACAAAAAAAAGAUCAUUCCUGUCGUUUCCAUCCUUUCAUCUUUCGAAUGAUUUUACUCUUCUCGAUUCUCCUUUUUGUUGGUUUGUUCUCAAAAUUCCUGAAAUCUUGUGGUUUUAUUUAUUCGAAAGCUUCUGGCGUAUUUAUUGAAGAUACAUGGUGCUCCUCGUAAACGAGGGAAGUCCAGAUUUUGUAAAUGUUUUUGUUUCUUUUCCUUUUUUUUUUUUUAAAAAAGAAAAAAAAGAAAAAUCGUGCUAUGGUUUGGGCAGCGCCGCGGUCCGGGAGGGGGACGUCUGAUUCUAAAUGGUGCUCGAUCCCCCUCGCCCGGCCUGCCGCUCAGUGUAUAUGAUCUAGAGAAACUUACGUACAUGAAUAUAACAUUAAUCUCACAGCUUGGUGCUUAGAACAGAGUCUGUACACCUUUAUGCCCUGAAUGUCUUUGUACUGUAUCCUACAGAUUGAAAAAAAAAAAAGAGUUUUGUUUUUACGUUACAUGGAAAUACGAGAUGUUGUGAUACGUGUGGAUGACGACUCAUACUUGCUGUUCCGUACGAUCCUUUUACGAUUAUAACCUGCAGAUUUCGACCCGCUGUGGUUGGUUUUUUCUGUCCACUCCUCUCCGAGUGUGUUUGUCAGGUUUAUUCCAUUUUUGAGUUUUAUGACUUCUUUACUGUAUAAAGGAAGAAAGAAAGAAGAAAAAAAAAGAAAGAAAAUUGAGAAACGAUGAUCUGAGCCAGACCUGUCUUAAACACUCGUGUGAUUUCGUGUGUCAUAAUUGAUAUAAUAAUAACUAUGACAAACAAAAAAAAAAGAAAUAAAAAACCUUUUUGAUAAAUUCACA